UGUUUUCGUGCAUACAUUCAAGCGCUGGAGAAACUACAGUUCGAUAUAGCAACUUCGAGUGAUUUAAUUGGUGUGGAGACCGGAAGUAUUGGCUUGUUUUCGAGAGUCAGAGAGCCGCUGAAAAAUCGAUCAGCUGUUUUUGGUUUGGGAGAUAGGAUUAAUAUCUUGAAGGACAUUGAGCAGCCAACAUUGAUUCCACAUAUAGCUGAAGCCAGUUCCCAGAAGUAUCCUUAUGAGGUCAUCUUCGGGAGCUUACACAGGCUACUACUGGAUACAGCCACUUCAGAGUAUCUUUUCUGUGAUAACUUCUUUGGGGAAGAGGCCAUGUUUAAUGAAAUAUUUGCUGGUCCCCUUACUGUGAUUGAUGAGCACUUCAAUUCCAUACUGCCAAACAGUUAUGAUGCAAUGGGCGACGAGUUCCCUGUUUGGACUCAUAUCUUGACAAGGCAGGCCCUGAAGGUGAGAAAAUUCAAAUUCAUUUUGAGGAACUGCUGAAGAGCAAUACAGCAUUGUUCGUGGAGGAACUCCUUGUGGAGCAUUUUGCGGACCUAAUCAAGUUCGUCAAGACACGAGCUUGUGGGCAUUUCAACCGAACAACAAAGAUGAGCCAACCGAGGAAAACAAUGAAGAGGAC